CAGCGUCCGACAGGCUUCAGUCUUCUCUGAACUAUUCCUCUCCUUGUCUUGUUAACGAAAGCCAGAGUCCUGAAGGUCUGUGUGACAUCUGUGGCAUUAACCUAACAAAACUGGGUGCACCUAAGGAUGAAGUUUCCAACCUCUGCAUGUAGCCAGGUUAUCACUUAGCAGAACAAUCCUAGCAGCAGUUAUGCAGAACACGGAUCGCACGGAAGACGACAGAAACUCAAGCAGUGACAAUGCAGGCAACGGUACAGAGGCAGCGGGGGACCAGCCUACGGACUUCAGUACUGAAAUCAUGAGUGUCACGGAGAUGGAGCAGUCUCCUGAUGGCUCUCCUGACGUAACGGAGGAGACCGCACAAGACAGCAAAAUCCCAAACGUUGCAGACUUGACGACAGACAUAGAGGCUAACUUCCCGCCAGAGUAUGAGAAGUUUUGGAAAGCAGUAGUGGAAAAUCCCCAGGAUUUUACAGGCUGGGUAUAUCUAUUGCAAUAUGUUGAGCAGGAGAACCAUCUACUGGCUGCCAGGAAAGCAUUUGUCAAUUUUUUCACACAUUAUCCAUAUUGCUAUGGAUACUGGAAAAAGUAUGCGGACCUCGAAAAACGCCACAGCAACAUUAAACAGUCUGAUGAGGUGUAUCGCAGAGGGCUUCAGGCAAUUCCUCUUAGUGUUGAUCUUUGGAUACAUUAUAUAAACUUCUUAAAAGAGACGCUGGACCCUGCUGACCCUGAAACUAACAGUAGUGUAAGAGGAACCUAUGAACAUGCGGUCCUAGCUGCAGGGACAGAUUUCCGCUCUGACAGACUAUGGGAGAUGUAUAUAAAUUGGGAAAAUGAACAAGGUAACCUAAGAGAAGUUACAGCUAUCUACGAUCGUAUCUUGGGCAUUCCAACACAGCUGUACAGCCAUCACUUCCAGAGAUUUAAAGAACACGUACAAAACAACUUGCCCCGAGACCUCUUAAGUUCUGAGCAGUUUAUUCAGCUGCGCAGGGAACUGGCUUCUGUAAAUGGCCAUAAUGGGGAGGCUGCACCACCUGGAGCUGACUUUCCUUCUGGAACUGAAGACAUCACUGACCCUGCAAAGCUAAUCACUGAAAUAGAAAACAUGAGGCACAGAAUCAUUGAGAUUCAUCAAGAAAUGUUCAAUCACAACGAACACGAAGUCAGCAAGAGAUGGACAUUUGAAGAAGGAAUAAAGCGGCCUUACUUCCAUGUAAAACCUUUGGAGAAAGCUCAGCUGAAAAACUGGAAAGAGUACUUAGAAUUCGAGAUAGAAAAUGGGACUCAUGAGAGAGUUGUGGUCCUCUUUGAAAGAUGUGUUAUUUCUUGUGCCCUCUAUGAGGACUUCUGGAUUAAGUAUGCCAAAUACAUGGAGAACCAUAGUAUUGAAGGAGUGAGGCACGUCUACAGCAGGGCCUGUACGAUACACCUUCCUAAGAAACCAAUGGUCCACGUGCUGUGGGCUGCCUUUGAAGAACAGCAGGGGAAUAUCAACGAAGCAAGAAGAAUCCUGAAAACGUUUGAAGAGUGCGUUGUAGGAUUAGCCAUGGUUCGCCUGCGAAGAGUGAGCUUAGAACGCAGACAUGGAAACAUGGAAGAAGCUGAACACUUGCUCAUGGAAGCUGUGAAGAACGCCAAAUCAAGAAACGAAUUGUCAUUUUACACCAUCAAGCUUGCUCAACAUCUCUUCAAAGUACAGAAGAACCUCCCAAAGGCAAGAACAGUGCUGUCGGAAGCCAUUGAGAAGGACAAAGAGAACACAAAGUUGUAUCUCAACCUGCUUGAAAUGGAGUACAGUGGGGAUCUCAAGCAGAAUGAAGAGAACAUCCUCAGCUGUUUUGACAAAGCUGUCAGCGGUGCGUUGUCAAUAAAAGUGAGGAUUACGUUUUCUCAGCGGAAGGUGGAAUUCCUUGAAGACUUUGGUUCCGACGUGAGCAAGCUUUUGGAUGCCUACAGUGAACAUCAAGCCCUACUAAAAGAGCAGGAUUCCUUAAAAAGAAAAGCAGAAAAUGGAUCAGAGGAACCAGACGAGAAGAAAGCACAUACAGAUGAUGCGACUAUGGCUUCUACGCAGAUGAUGGAUGGAGACAUGCAGGCCAAUCAGAUGGCGUAUAAUUACAGUGCUUGGUACCAGUACAACUACCAGAACGCGUGGACUUACGGACAAUAUUAUCCCCCCCCUCCCACCUGAUUAGAAGAGCGACUGGAGUUCACUGUGGAACUGCAGCAAAGACGGACUAUAAAAAUAUAUUUUUUUAAAUUUGGGAUGUGAAGAGAACUGUUGUCAGACCUGCCCUUCAGUCUUUGCAUGAGACAAACCGGUGUUCACAGGGUGUACGUGAAGCAAGACGUGCGUGUCGGUAAAUGAUAAUUGAGCUCUCUGUACGCGGCUGGUUUACCAUAAACGCAGUUUUAUUUCCCAUGCUAACUUAUGGAGAAAUGACCUGGAGAACUUGGUUUUGGUUUCAGUUUUUGCUCGUGUUGGUUCUGUAGGUAUCAUCUCCUUCAGAUGACCACCCGUUUUAAGCAGAUGAGGGCACACCGGAGCUAGGCAGGGGCUGGAGGGGCCCCAAAUGUAAGCAAGGCCACCCCUUUCCUGCUUUUUCCCUGACCAAAAAUUGAUCUCCUCAUCCGCUUCUCCUGUGAAGGUUUUUCCUGUAACUCGGUGACGGAGCCCAGAGCAGUGUCUGUCCGCAUUGUCAUGAUCACACAACUCUACUGACAGUGUUUGCAAGCUGUCACAUGCAUUUUAUAUUGGGGGGGGGGGUCACACUAUAAAUAGAGCGCAGAAUGACUUUUUUUUUUUUUUUUUUAAAAGGGCUGCAAAGGCAGGCACUGAAACUAUCGUGUGUUUUGGGGUGGAUUUUUUGUAUUUCCAUUUUUCAUGUAUGUUGUGAGCAGACUCUUUAUUUUGAUCAAAAUGAUCAUUCUUUUUGUAAUAAAACUAAGGAAUUGUCCGCAAAUUCA